GUGCAGGUGGUCGGUUGCUUUUUGGGCCCGCCGCACCGCUCCCUCAUGAGGCCGCAGGACCCGCCUGAAGGUGGCCCGGCCGCCGCCGCCGCGCUGCCGGCGCUGGAGACGCUGAAGCAGCGGGCUUGCGAGAGCGUGGAGCUGAACGCGGAGCGGCUGGGCGCGCUGAGCCACCACAUCUGGAGCCGGCCCGAGUUAGCCUACGAGGAGCACCAGGCGCACGACGCCAUGACCCGCUUCUUCUCCAGCGGGGACCUGCCGGGCGCCGCCUGGGCCGUGCAGCCGCGCUACAAGCUGGGCACGGCUUUCCGCGCCGAGUGGGGCACGGCCGCCCCUCAGGGCCCGGGUCCGGGUCCUGGCCCGCUCCGUAUCGCCUUCCUCUGCGAGUACGACGCUUUGCCCGGCAUCGGCCACGCUUGCGGGCACAACCUCAUCGCCGAGGUGGGAGCCGCCGCCGCGCUGGGGCUGAAGGCCGCCCUGGAGAGCCUGCCGCAGCCCGCCCCCCUCGCCGUCCAGAUCACGGUGCUGGGGACGCCGGCGGAGGAGCAAGGAGGGGGCAAGAUAGACCUGAUCAAGGCUGGAGCGUUUGACGGCCUGGAUGUGGUUUUUAUGGCACACCCCUCGCAAGAAAACGCGGCUUACCUGCCCGACGUGGCUGAGCACGAUGUGACUGUGAAAUACUAUGGAAAAGCUUCUCAUGCUGCUGCUUAUCCUUGGGAAGGAGUUAAUGCAUUAGAUGCUGCUGUUCUUGCAUACAACAAUCUGUCUGUUUUAAGACAGCAAAUGAAACCGACCUGGAGAGUUCAUGGUGUAAUAAAAAAUGGUGGUGUGAAACCUAACAUCAUUCCUUCUUACACUGAACUAGAGUUUUACUUGCGCGCCCCUUCAAUGAGAGAUCUUUCUGUUCUGACAGAGAAGGUGGAGAACUGCUUCAAAUCUGCAGCGCUGGCCACAGGAUGCAAAGUGGAAAUAAAAGGUGGUGAAAAUGAUUACUACAAUGUGCUUCCAAAUAAGAGCCUGCAGAAAGCUUACCAGGAGAAUGGGAAGAAGCUUGGAAUAGAGUUUAUAUCAGAAGAUGCUGUCUUGAAUGGUUUGUCAGGUUCCACAGACUUUGGAAAUGUUACGUUUGUAGUCCCUGGGCUUCAUCCUUAUUUUUAUAUCGGCUCUGAUGCACUGAAUCAUACUGAGCAGUACACAGAAGCUGCAGGGUCCCAGAGUGCUCAGUUCUAUGCUCUGCGCACAGCAAAAGCUUUGGCAAUGACAGCACUGGAUGUCAUUUUCAAGCCAAGUCUGCUUGAAGAAGUCAGGGAAGACUUUAGGCAGGUGAAGCUAAAAGAGGAGGGACAAAUAAAUCCAGUGGAACCUAACAAAGAAUCUGGCAUCGGCGUAGGAGCGUGCGCGUCGCACUAAACUUGGCUAAACCCCUCUCAGUAGGAUUGACUUAAUGGAGAUGCUGUAUUUAAAUCCCAAAAGGGGCUGGAUAAACAUGUAGCUGAAGUAAUGUUGAUGAUUUUUUUUGGACUUUAGGAGAAACAAAUAGUAUAAUUGCUUCCAAAAAUGUGCAAUUUCAUCUAGCUGUAAUGUUUGCUGUAUUCAAUAUGGUGAUGAAUUUCAGAGAGAUCUCAAAUAUGCUGUCUUUAAGUUGCGGUGUUGAAUAAAUGAUAGAUCCCUUGUCAGUGAUUUUCUGUGUUGCUGAAGUAAUCUUCCAUAUAGGGGAAAUAUGGUAUUUGCAUGGAAAAUUUUGUUCUAAAAUUAGCACUGUUCACUCGGUGAUCAUAGGCCGAAUCUGAUCUGUGAAAUAUUUGUCUCUGGCCAGUCACUUGUUCUUGGGACAAGAUAGAGGCUUAAAACCUGAGCUGAUUCUGCUGGAGAGAAGGGUGUGUGUUUGAAGGGUGCUUGGUUUUGACAACAGUCACUUCUAGCAAUGGAAGAGAACGGUUUGUAUGGAAGCGUGAUCUGUAAAGGUUGGUUUUCCUGAAAUGUGUUGAUCUUCCUCCUAAUAAAUUUAGGAGGGGUUGUGGAGAAGUUGUUGAUCCAAAAACUGGAAAGCAACUAAAUGUUUAUUUGUUUAACACAUUUAAACUACUGCAGGAAAAUGCAUGUGCACCUUUUUAAAGUUCUGCUCAAAGGCAGUGCGAGUGUCCACACAAGGUGAUGCUCUGGCUUAACUGGUGUGAAGGGUGUGCAUAAAUUCAGCUAAACCAGUAGAAAUCCUUUUCACAAAGAUGCAAGCGUGGUACCAUGAAGGUCUCUUUAAUCCUUGUUAUUUUGCUUCCCAGAGACAUUAACAUUGCAAAUUUUAUCUAGGUGGUGGUCUGUGGAAAACCUCUUAGGAAUGUUUUGGGUUUUUUUAUUUGCUUGUUAAAGGAUCAUGUGAAUACAUAGAGAAGGAACUAAUCUUUUGUUCAGAUACAAGUUGCUGAGUCAAUGGGCAGGCUGGGUGAAGAAGCAGCUCACUGGUUAACAUUUUCCUAAGCACAGGUAUUACAGUAAGCUUCUGAAAAAGUCAGGCAAACUGUAUUCCCCAGGAAGUCAGAACACACAAAAUCAUUUCAGAGCCCUUGUUUUUAACAGCAAUAGUCUCUAAAUGGUAAACUGUAGAAUUCUAAUCAGAAUUUAUAUUUUAUUAAUUUCUAUAUCAAAUUUCUGAUUUUGGAAAAAACAGAUUCCUUAUCUUGGUCUAACUGUGCACUCCCUCUGCAUUUCUGUUGCACAGACCUCCAGCUGCUGUUGAAGAAUUCUGUUGAGACUUUCCCUUAGCAGGGAAGGAGUCUGGCCAGGCCAGCUUGUAUCUCAAGUAGACAUUGUAGACAACCUACUUUAACUUUCAGAUACUACUUCAGAUGCUCUGUGCUUGUAUUAAUAGGGCACAGGCCGUUAAUACAUGAAAUGCUCAGUGUCUUUGGAGAAAGGAAGUAACUGUAGAUCUGUUUCUGUAAGAACCAGAGGCAUAACUAGUGAUUUGUAUUACAGGCCAGUUGUUGGAAGAGUUGACCAUGGCCAUGGUCAUGGUCUCCAAGUUCUGUGAUGGUCCAUCCUUACGGCAGUGCCCGUGCGUUCAUUAGCAGAAUGUUCUGACAGAUUAAUGUGUGAAACAGAUGAGGGUUGGACCCUGAGCUAUAGGUAUGUCCAGGAUGGUGAGCUGGAUGCCAAAUCCAACUGAAAUUUGGUCCAAAGUUGGUCAAAGGAACUUUCUCCUUAAUUUUUAAUUUAAACCCUACCUUGCUGGUUCUCAGACACAAUUACAAUUCAUUAAUUUCUGGGUUAACAAGCUAGUUUAUGAAAUUCCUUAGCAUAUGUGGUUUUUUAUUUCCUCCUGUAUGAACAACUUCUUGCUUUGCUGUUUUUGAGAUGGAAUGUUGGGAUCCAGUGACUGGGAUACGCGCUGUGGUGGUGUCUUUUCUACAAGCUGAUGUGUGUGACAGCCUUCUCAGUGCUCUCUGUCCAGAGCUGUUGGCUGCAUCGUGUCCAGGAUCAUUUAAUUAAACAUUUCUGCGCUAAAAAUACGUCUUAAUUUUGGUGUAAUCGUUGCCGGAAUUAAAAUGAAACUGAAGCACUGAUUAAAGAUGAGUUGAUACCAGUAAAGCAAUUUAA